GUUUCUAGUAAAUUAUGGAACUGAUUCCAUACAUGUAUGUUUAUGUAAACAAAGUUCAUCUAUAUACAAAGACAUAUAUCUAAGAGAGGAUAGGCAUGAGCCCUGGUUGACUUCUUACCUUUCAAAUACUAUAAUUUAUUUAGAAGUUUAUUUUUGUAUGAGUGCAAAUUUAUUUUUAUUUGAUUUUUGGUGUUUAUUUAGUUCAAAUUAAUUUUGAUUAAUGACUUGAUCAUCAAACACUCUAUCGAUGGAGUUGAGAAAUAAUUCUAAGAAGUAGAAAUUCUCGAUACAUCAACAAAGACAAUUUGCUCUCGCUGAGCGCCGAUUCACUCAAACAUCAAUCAAUCAUCAUGUUUAACUUCAAUUCAUGGCGCCAUAAACCACUUCUCUACUUCAAGACUGUAACUUUCUCACCAAUAUCCCAAAACCCAUUACCACUUUCUCUCUAUUUCUGCACCAACACUUCUCAUUCAACCUCUUUUGCAGUCUCCUACCUCAUCCACAAUUUUGGGUUUUCACCACAAUCUGCAAACAAACUCUGCUCCACUCACAGAGUUAAGUUUAAGACCAACCAAAAACCUGAUUCAGUUCUUAACUUUUUUAAAAACCAUGGUUUCUCAAACACCCAAUUACACAACAUGAUUACUAAGGCACCAUGGCUUCUUUCCUGCGACCCCAUCAAAAGGGUUUUGCCAAAGUUUCAAUUUUUUCUCUCCAAUGGUGCCUCUAACUCUGACAUUGUUGAUUUUGUUAGUAAGAACCCUGUGGUCCUUUAUGCAAGCAUGAAUCAAAUGGUCCCAACCUAUGAAUUGGUUUAUAGGUUUUUGAAAUCUCACAAGGACACUAUUGCUUGUGUAAAUCAAUGUUCAUCUUUCUUUGGAGAUCGUGUUGUGCCACAUAACAUCACAUUGUUGAUUGAGAAUGGAGUGACCGACUCUAACAUUGCAAGAAUGCUUCAGAGACGAAGUAAGAUAUUCAACAGACGCGGCAUACUGAAGGUUGUGGGGGAGUUAAAGGAUUUGGGGUUUAAUCCUUCAAAAUCAGGAUUCUCAAUAGCACUGCUUGCCAAAAUCACUGUAAACAAAACCUUAUGGAAAGAGAAAGUUGAUGCCUUUAAGAAAUGGGGUUGGUCUGAUCAAGAUGUUCUGGAAGCAUUUAGAAGGCAGCCUCAUUGUAUGUUAACAUCCAUUGAUAAAAUUAAUUUAGUGAUGACCUUUUGGGUCAAUCAGUUGGGUUGGGAUGCUAUGGCCCUUGUCAAAGGAUCCGCAAUUCUUUUGUUAAGUUUGGAAAAAAGGAUCAUUCCAAGGGCCCAAGUAGUGCAAUAUCUGCUAAAGAAAGGUCUGAAAGUGAAAUCUUUGGUCGAGUUUAUAAACUUUUUCACAUUUAUACCUCAAUCUCUAAUCCAUUUCACAUCCACUGCUGAUUUUUUGAGUCAUUUAUAGGUACUAUAUUUGUAACUUAUAAUUGUUGCCAAUUGCAUUUGCUACAUUGUUAUCGGUUGUGAACCGCCACUUUUUUAUUUUUAAUUAGGCAGCAGAUUUGCAGAAAUUAGUUUCAAUACCCUUUGAGUUAAGGGUUUGAUAUGAUGGAGUCGGGUUUAAAUAUCGGGUUUCUUUUUAAUUUAAUUGAUAUUGACAUUUUGUCCAUGUUCUGUAUUUUAUGAGAGUACAAUAUGCAUUAAAUGUCGCACAUGCUUGAACACCUUAUUCCUGGGUAUAUUUUGAGAACAUAUUUUACUUUACUGCUUUCAGAUGUUGUCUAUUGUCCUGGACUUUUAUAACCUGAUAGUGUAAUUUCUUGAUACAUUUAAUGGGAAUUUAAUAUCUGGAAUUCUUACUAAUUUUUAGCCUUGGGUACUAUGUAGUAAAUCAAUAGCUUACCUCCUAUUUAGUUUAUGCACUUACAUUUUUUUUUUUCACUCUGAAAGGGAAGAUUUUUCUUAUAGAAUCUUACCUAUAAGGAAGAAGCCUGUGUUAGUUUGCUAUGUAUGAAAUGGCUUCUUGAUCAUAAUGGAUUAAUCAAUGUUUUCUUUCUCUGGCAACAUUAUGCGGUAUCCUUCCUUCACCUUAUUUAUGAUUUUUUGAAAAUUUUACAUUCGCAGUUUCGUUUUGCAAUUCACUGUCUUUGAUGCUUCUAGUCUUCAAAUGGUAACCUGUUAAUGCUGUUGAUUUAGAUUUUUUCUUUUUUUUAGGUUCUUAUUUUACUGAAGGGAUGUCGCAUUAUCUUCAGUUGUUUAUGUGUUAAAUUAAAAUAUAUUUUUUGGACCAUAUCUAGUUUAUAGUAUGCGCUAUACUGUUAGUGGUGUCUUCUUUAGCUGUCUUGCUAAUCUCAAAAUCUCUGAUUGAUAUAUUUUUGAAGUCUGAAAUCCUUAGUCAUGUUUAUAAACAUUUUCCGAUUUAUAUCUCAAGCUAUAAUAAUCUUUUCAACAUCUGUUGCUGUAGGCACCACUGUUUUUUGAGCUAUUUACAGGUACUGUGCUUGUAGCUUAUCAAUCUUACAGACUGCAUUUUCUACGUUGUUAUCAGUUGUCAACAGCCACUCACUUUUCCUAUAUAUUCAAGAAGCAGCUUUGCAUAAAUUAGUGUCAAUGCCCUUUAAUUAAAAUAGGAAUUUGAUAAUGCUAAACAAGUUGUUGUCUGUCUGGCAGAAAGGAGUAUCAGAUGCCUGUGAUUCUUAUUUAAUGAACAUUUUUUAUUCUGAAAUCUGCUUAUUGAUUCUUUCAUCAACCAGUCUUGCAUUGGAGCCAAUGGAGUUUUCGCAGAAGCUUGCAGUUGUAGCUUUUCUGUGGCCGCGUGUUUGAAGGCUAAUACACCGCAGUUUUGUAUAAUCUGAAAGUGUUGGAGCUAAGCUAGUAGAAAAGCAGUCACAAAUUCCAUAUAAAUACUUUUGUUCUUUCUUUCAGUAGACCUUUUUUUCUAUAUAGUCAUAGUGAAGUAUCAUUUGUGAAUUUUCUUUGCAAAAACCAACUAGUGAAGCAAGAUGGUGAUGCCAAAUUUUGUAUAAAUUCUGAAAGGCCCUAUUUGGUUCCUAGCCUACCUCUCAUUACAGUAAUCUUCACAUUGUCUCUAAGUACUCCCUUGUAGAUCCAUACCAAACUCUAUAGUUGAUUAGUUGACUUUAUCAAAAUUGUUAGUUGCUCAUUGCAUUUUAGCAAAUGGAAUCAUGAAGCCUAAGUAUACAUGAGAACAAAGUUUAGACAUUCUAUAUAGCCGUUGUGUGUUGUGGUGACA